GGACGCUGCAGCCCUUCGGUCCGUGGUGCGCGAGGUGGUUGCCCCAGAACUCAGUGAAGUGAGGCCGGACGCGGGUCGCUGUCUCCCCCUCCUCCUUCUCUUUGUUACAAAACAACAUCUAGGGAUCUUAUUUGAGACUGACGUGGGAUGACAGCAUGGAAAGGAAACGCCAGGAGAGCAAGAAAACUGUCACCCACGGAGAAGUCCCCCGGGUUGUUGGGCUGCUGCUCGCCAUGGCCCUCAUGAAUGUGUUCCUCUACUUCUGCCUCAGCCAGUUUUUCGUUUCCCCUCGACAGUCCACAGAGGGCCUCCGACUCUGUCCUUACGGUCACUUCAGAAUGGAACAGAUGAGAAACUGCUCACCCUGGUUGUCCUGCGAUGAGCUGAGGACAGAAGUGAGGCAGCUGAAGCGCGUUGGGGAGGGAGCCGUGAAGAGGGUCUUUCUGUCUGAGUGGAAAGAACGUAAAGUCGCGCUCUCGCGGCUCACCAGCCUAGAAAUGGAGGAUGAUUUCAUCCACGGACUUCGGAUGCUGAAGGCUCUCCAAAGCAAACAUGUGGUCACACUGCUUGGCUACUGUGAGGAAGACAAAACCAUUCUUACUGAAUAUCACCCCUUGGGUUCCUUGAUCCACCUGGAAGAAACACUAAACCUUUCCAAGUACCAGCGUGUGAACACCUGGCAGCACAGGCUGCGGCUGGCCGUGGAUUACGUCGCCAUCAUUAACUACCUGCACCGUAGCCCGCUGGGCACACUGGUCAUGUGUGACUCCAAUGACCUCCCCAAGACGCUGUCCCAGUAUUUGCUGACAAGUAACUUCAGCAUUGUGGCCAAUGACUUGGAUGCCUUGCCCCUGGUGAACCACAGCGCUGGGAUAUUUGUGAAGUGUGGACACCGGGAGCUCCACGGGGAUUUUGUGGCUCCAGAGCAGUUGUGGCCCUAUGGAGAGCACAUGCCUUUCCACGAUGACCUCAUGCCCUCAUAUGAUGAGAAGAUUGACAUCUGGAAGGUUCCAGAUGUCUUCAGUUUCCUUUUGGGGCACGUUGAAGGGAGUGAUAUGGUUCGGUUUCAUUUGUUUGAUAUCCAUAAGGCCUGUAAGAGCCAGGCACCUAAAGAUAGGCCCACAGCUCAAGAAGUUCUGGACACAUAUCAGAAGGUUUUACAGUCACUUGGAGAUGCUGUGUCAUCUCAGACGAGAGAAAUGCUCUAAAAACCAAUCUUUUUUGUUAAAGGAUGGGAUUUACAGGCUGAACGGAAGUUAUAGCAGCUGUGUUCUGCUGACACAGGUGUUGGUGUGAGCUUCCUGUUUUGUUGAUUUUUUUUAAAUUAUUUUUAUUUAUUUAUUUGUAAGUGACAGAGAGAUAAAGAGGCAGAGAGAGAGAGAGAGAGAGAAUGGGCAUGCCAGGGCCUCCAGC